AUGUUCCAAAAGCGAAAGGUAGUUUUGACUAGGCCUGCGCCCAAUCGAACACAGUCGUCGAGCACGGCGCGUGAGCCUAAACCAGAACGCUUAAACACUGAACAGCAUCAGGGACUACGCCCGUCGCUGGUAAAUUCGACGCUCUGCGUUUCCUCGAGCAGCAGGUCGCUCGACCAGCUUUUGCAGCACGGAGGGCUUCCGCUGGGAUCUAUAACACUUUUGGAGGAGCAUGGAGCUACCGACUAUGCGUCAACCGUCCUGAAAGGGUUCUGUACAUUGGGAGUGAGAGAUCAAAGGGCGGGUUCAGACUCUUUGGUUGUAUGUCUGGGAAUUCCAGGCUGGGUGCGAGGGAUCCCAGCGAUUGGAAAGACUAGUGUCGACACGGAAAAGCCAGAAGAGCUGCAAAAAAUACGGAUUGCUUGGAGGUACCAAUUGUCUCAGAACACGAACCGACAGCCGCCACGGGCCUCCACGGGCCUCUACACCAGUGAUCUGAACUUUAAAGCUAACAUGACCCCGGCCCCGAAACAGUCGGAGGUCGUCCAUGUAUCUGGUGCCACAUUGGCUGACAUAUUGGCGAAAUACGCGAAUCUGCUAGCGUCGCAGCCCGCCAACCGGAUCAUUCGGGUGGUAGUUCCCAGCCUGCUCCAUCCCGCGGUCUACCGAGAGGAAAGCUCCCUGCCGGAGAACCUUGUUCCGUUCAUACUGGGGCUGCGUAGCUUAUCUCGCAAGUUCGGCACGGCAACAAUAAUAUCCCUACCCUUGCAGCUCUACCCCAGAGCCAAUCCGGUGAUUUCUCAGAUCGAGGCACUCUGCGACGCGGUUAUUGAGCUCGAACCCUUUGAAGAUCCCAACGUUCAGGGAUUUGCCCACGUACACAAAAUUGCCGAGCUAAGUGAGCGUGGGAUAGACGUGUACCGUCGGCAUGAGUACUCGUUCCGACUCGGACGCAGCCAGUUCGAAAUCGCCCCCUGGGGCAUACCCGUGGACGAGAGCGAAAUAGAAAAAGACCUAUUUUAG